UGACUGUUGAGGAAAUUGCAAGGAGAGGAGGCUCAUUUGAUCAAAAUGCAAGUUAUAUUAUAGAUUCAAGACUGCAUGUGGCAGACAAUGAUGUGGGAAUUGCAGCUUCAAAAUAUAAAUCUAUUUAUACAAAUGGAACAUUCAAGAAUGAUCCUGGAGCAUUUGUUAGGUUCCUGAGUGGUGAUACAUUCAUUACACCUGUAAUUCGCCACGCUGAACUGGCUUCGAAGUUUUCUCCAGUUUAUUUAUAUCAAUUUUCAUAUCAAGGUGUGAUGGACGGCCUUUCAUAUUUACCCAAUGUAACAGGAACAGAUUCGGUUGCACAUACGGCCGAAUUAAAGUAUCUCUUUGGAGGAGUAGAAGGACAUGCAGGUGAUCCUACCGACUACCCCGAAUCCGAUCAAUUGACAAUGAAAAGAAUGUUAGUUUUAUGGACUGACUUCAUCAAAUACCAGUGA